AUGGCGGCACAGUUCAACACGGAGAAGCAAGAGGCGAUCAAAGACAUGGCUCUUGUUGAUAACAAUCAAGCAGUUGCCAUGAAACGGCUUGAGGGAGAACUCAGGGGCACCAUUGACCUCGCUCAACAUGCAGGCAUUUUUUGUUUUGUGGGUAUGGUGUCUGGAGAACCGUCAAAUGUUGCUGCACAUGGAAGGAAUAUCAUCCUUUUCAAUGACUCCAUCGUGCAAAACUUCCUUCAUGACCAUUGCAAGCUGAAGCAGCUGGAAAGUGAUUUCUAUUCAUAUGUUCUCACCCAUCGGGGUCAAGGAGAUGCAGUCAUGAGAGAGAAGCAAGAGCUUUGGAAGCAAAAGCGGAAAAUGGAGACUUCAACUCGCGACCAUGCUCGCCAAGCAUUUGGUCAGACGUUCAAGGGGUGCUUUUCUCCACCGCUUGACUUGAUUCCUUGGAAGACCCUCCCACUUAUGCUCAUCAAGCAGAAGGUGGCUAUCCAUAACUGUCCCCCGAAUAUCUUCCUUGAUCUCAUUCACGAGGGUGGUGACUAUGCGAAAGUCGAGCAGUGGCGCAUCCUCUAUGAUGCUGUUGGUGGAGAAGCUCCAGCUGAAAGGUAUGCAGAGUAUGGGAAGAAUCCUUCCCUGAAGCUGGUGGAUGUCGUUCCUUGGAGUGCUGAGGAUGGAGCUUGCAUUCCAAACAGUAAGGACUACAAGGACAUUGUCUUGCUUCGAGACAAUCAAGGGGCUGGGGGUCAUCAGGGUCAUGUGUUGUUGACCAUACGUGAUGUCUCUGGUCUUCUUUCAAUGAAUGAAGCACCCGGUUUGGCUGAUAUUCAGCUGACUACAUCCAUUAUGGCUGUUCAAAAUCCAUGCUCCCUGCCGGCAACACUGAAUGUGUCUCCCUCUCACUUUCUGCCUUCGACUGUGACAGGAUCGACAUCUGGGACUCUGGACCCGAUGGCCAAUGUACCACCUUUCGUGCUGCCAGCGGAGCCGCUGCCGCUAUCUCACUCUUCAUCCAGCAUGUUUGACUUGCCGCUUUUAAAUACGCUGACCUUCGGGACUGGUAUUCCAACCUUGACUCACCACCAAACUAUAGACAUGAGUUUUGAUGGUCCGGGGGACUUCACUUGGUCUUAG